AUGGCUUCACCAGACAAAGAUACUCCCGAAAAAGAUAUAGUAGCGGCUCACGAACCAACUUAUCCCGCGCAUCGAGAUCAAUUCCCCGCAUUACUACCUUCAAGUGUUGGCAGUGGUGGUCGCCCACCUCCAUCACAAAUUAAACGAUCAAAAAACAUUCCCCUUCUCCAGAGUUCAAUCCAAUCCAACUAUGAAAAAAUCGUGAAAUAUAUCAUUUUAUCGUACAUCAUAUUAGAAUUAUUAUUUCGAGUGCUUACGGUUUAUCAUGUUCAAGAUUUUGUGAAAAGUGAUCUAGGGUUUCUUGAGGGAAUCAGCGUUAUAUUGUGUAAGCCAUUUCAUUCAUUACGUACUUUUCUACCUACCGCGUAUGCUCUAAUCAAUCUCAACAUCAAAAAUGUAGUCAAGAAAGAAGGAUACUUCUUAUUUGGAAAAUACAUUCUCACCACGACACAAAUCGCCACACUAGCCAAUACAUCCGAAAGUCUUGUGUUCAUAAUGCUUUCAUUAUUCGUCAUUCAUCUAUGGUUUAUUCUUAAAGAGUCAAACCCAAUUUUUAAUACCGAGGAGAGAAGUCGUAAAAUUGAAAUUUCAUUGGCGGUCCCAGUGAUAUUACUUGCAUUGGCACGGUGCUUCGAAUAUCAACCUAAACCGUCAUUAGGGACGGCGAACGUGAUUUCCGAAAGAAACACUGAUAACGUGUCUGUAAAUGUUACGAAUAUUGAAAGCGAAGAGGCUAUCAGAGCAGAGGAAAGAGAAAUGAGAAGAGUUGAAUCAGAAAAUAAAAGGUACUUCAAGUGUCUAUAUGGAUGUUGUGACGGGUGUUGCGGAUACGUUGCCAAAAAUUUGCGAGCAUGUUAUCGUCUGAAAUGUGAUUUUGGAAUUUUUGAUUGCGACGGAUUCAUUGCGGGGUGUUUUGGAAGUUUUUUAAACAUGUUUGCGCGUUGUAGACGACGGGCAGAUGAAAAUCCUAUACUAAAUGCAAAUCGCUUUGUUAAAUCGCAUCCAACGCGCACGAAACCUUUGAUUCACAAGAUCGGUCAAAAUGUUGAAGAUACAACCAAAGUUUCAUUCAUGAGAGGGGCCUUUAAGUUGAGAGAGGCAUGUCAGGUAUCUUUUUUUUACAUAUUGAUCCAACUCGAAGACAACGCGAUGACCAUAGUAACCACCACUGCGAAAGCCGAUGUUAUUACUGCAGCGCAAAACGUUCCCUGUAGUGAUGGCACAACACUUACAAAAACCUCUGGCAGAAAAUUUUUCAAAAUCGAUAUGCACACUCAUAUACUUCCAAAACAUCUGCCGGACAUGGAAAAGAAAUGUGGUUAUGGCGGAUGGAUAAAAUUGAAUCAUAACGAAGAAGGUAAGGCCAACAUGCUUUUGGACGGAAAAAAUUUCCGCGAAGUCAAGUGUAAUUGUUGGUCUGUUAAUGAAAGAGUGCACGAAUGUAAUGUAACCGGGGUGGACGUGCAGGUUCUUUCAACUGUACCCGUAAUGUUCGCCUACUUUGGAAAACCUCAACAUACUCUCGAAUUGGCGCGCUACCUUAACGAUCAUAUUGCACAAGUAUGCUCGGAAAAUCCCAGACGAUUUGUUGGACUUGGCACGGUCCCAAUGCAAUCACCGGAUUUGGCGGUACAAGAGCUGAAAAGAUGUGUUAAUGAACUUGGACUUUGUGGUGUACAAAUAGGAAGUCAUAUCAAUGAAUGGAAUUUGGACGCGCCCGAAUUGAACCCAUUUUGGGAGGCUUGCGAAAAUCUCAAUGCUGCGGUAUUCGUUCACCCGUGGGAUAUGGAAAACAAAGGUCGAAUGGAAAAAUAUUGGUAUCCAUGGUUAAUCGGAAUGCCUUGCGAAACGACGAUUUCAAUUUGCUCCGUGAUUUUCGGAGGUGUACUCGAACGCUAUCCAAAAUUAAAAAUAUCUUUUGCUCAUGGUGGAGGUUCAUUCUUCGGGACUCUGGGACGAAUUGUACACGGUUUUGAGGUUCGACCAGAUCUAUGUGCCAUCAAAAUAAAAAAGAGCCCUCUUGAAUAUCUAAAAAGAAUCUACGUUGAUUCGUUAGUUCACGACGAAGAUGCCUUACAAAUUAUCAUUAAGAAAAUCGGUGCAGGACAAAUCAUGUUGGGUAGUGACUAUCCAUUCCCUCUAGGUGAGCAUCAUCCUGGAGAAAUGAUCGAGCGAUGCGAAUGGUUAAGCGAUGAGGAUAAAGAAAGGCUUUUGGGCAAAAACGCGCUAAAGUUUCUUGGAAUUGAAAAUCAUAAGUUUUAUGGUUUCAACAAAUAA